GAGUCCGCUGAACCUGAACCGGUCAUCCAUAUGGAAACACGGUAUCGUUGUUUUAAUCUUUUACCAGCAGCUAGCGUCCUUCUUGUCCGAUUAUGCAAUGGAUAUCUGAAUGAACCUCAACCUACAGAGACAGUACGAUAAGUGUCGUUCGCGGUAGGUGCAGUGCGGUCAGUGUGCGCAGUUUGUUUAGCAACCGCACUGGAGCGAGCUUGUCAAUCUUGCCAACCCCCAGCAAAAUACUGACCGGUAACUACAAUUUAACCGCUAGAUCAUGUCUGCCUCGACGGCCAGGGUUCCUGCUGUGAAAAAGAAGCACGUUCGUUUUGCUAGAAUGAGGGAGGAUAAUGAUGACCAAGAAGAAAACACGCUGUUCGACAAGAGGAAAGACACGAGACGAGGGCUGAAGAGUGUAAUGAAAGGAAGGAAAAGGAGUUCGAAUUCCGGUUUCGACGACGAGGUCGAAAUAAUCGGCAGCGGUGACAACUCCAGUGGUUCUGGAGGCUGCAGCCGUUGGCUGAUCACGUUGGCGCUCUGUGCAUCAUUCCUCGGACUGGGGAUGAGUAUCUCUGUUUUAGGCCCUACAUUCCAAGACCUAGCCAUCAACGUCAACCAGGACAUCAGCAACAUCUCCUACAUCUUCGUAGGCCGCUCAACAGGAUAUAUAGGUGGCUCUGUCUUGUCUGGGAUUCUCUUUGACUGCAUGAACAGUCAUCUCUUGCUGGGUCUCUCCAUGUUGGUCACAGCGUUUGGGAUGUUUUCCAUCCCUUUUUCUAAGACGGCUCUUCUCCUCACUAUUCUGAUGUCCAGUAUUGGUGUUUCCAUGGGUUUUUUGGAUACAGGUGGUAAUGUUCUGAUCCUGCAGACGUGGGGGGAUCAGGCUGGCCCCCACAUGCAGGCCCUGCACUUCAGCUUUGCAGCCGGGGCCUUCGCCUCACCCAUCAUUGCCAAGCUGCUCUUCGGAUCAGACCCGGACGUGGCUACGAACAGCAGCACGACAGCCUCCCCAGGGCCCGUCUCGGACCAGGUGCCCUGGGGCGAGUCCUCGUCCACCAUCAUUAGCCUCGUCCACACUAGCACCACACUCUCGUCCAUGUGGGCCUACGUUGUGAUCGGCGGCUUCAUCCUGUUCGUCUCCUUUCUCUUCUUCUUCCUCUAUACCCGACGCGGUCCCUCGGGCAACGGGGCCCAGACCUCCGCGGGGAAGUCCCUGGUGUCCAAGCAUCACAACGCGUUGAUCUCCAUGCUCUUCGUGUUCUUCUUCUGGUACGUCGGCGCAGAGGUGGCGUACGGCUCCUUCAUCUUCACCUACGCCAAGAACUACAUACACAUGGACCGGUCCAGGGCAGCAUGGCUCAACUCGCUGUUCUGGGGGACGUUUGCCGCCUUCCGUGGCCUGGCUAUCUUCUUCACCACCUGCAUGCACCCGGGCACCAUGAUCCUGCUGAGCCUGGUAGGGUCCACCCUGUCCUCCCUGCUCCUCACCCUCUUCAGCAGUAACCAGCUGGUCCUGUGGACCUGCACCGGGGUCUACGGCGCCUCCAUGUCCACCAUUUUCCCCAGCGGGAUCUCUUGGGUGGAGCAGUACACCACGGUGACGGGGCGCUCCGCCGCUGUGUUUGUGGUGGGCGCGGCCCUCGGGGAGAUGGUGCUGCCCGCCCUGCUGGGCUUCCUGCAGGGGAGGAUCCACAGACACCCCCUGCUCAUGUACCUGACCCUGGGCACGUCCACUGUCACUUCCAUCCUCUUCCCCUUCAUGUACUGGCUGGCUUCAUCCCCUGGUGGUGCCAGCAGGACACUCCGUAUUAGGGGUCACAAGGAGCCUGAUGACAGCGAAUACCGCCAAGCCCUGCUGGACUCAGGAGCCAAUGACGAGGAGGAGCAACAAGAGGAAGACGAAGAGGCGGAACAGUGGAACGAUGCCGACUUUGAGGUCAUUGAGAUGGAUGACGCCAGCCUUAUGAACUCUCCCACUAAAGCACUGGUGUCGUCUCCUAGUGAAGCGCUUUCUUUAAUCCCUAACAAAGCGCCGCCAUCGCCGAACAAUGAGCUACCACGACCUGAUGUUGCCGGGACAUCAGGGGACCCCGCUGCCAAAUCGGUCGCUACUGGCCAGUCCCUAGAGCCCACAGACGGGUCAUCUUUCUCAGACUCUCUCUCUCUGCUCGGGGAAUCGCCAAGGAAGGAACUGCAGCUCUCACUGGACCGGGAGAAGAGGGACUAGGUGUGUCAUGGUGUGAUUAAAAUUUAAAGGCAAUAUUUCAACAUAUUUUAGAUGUUGGCAGUAACUCCAUAUGACUCAGACGUAGCAGCAUUAAAUAAAACUGGAAAAACAUCUGUUUUUCAGGGAUACAGUAUUUAACCUAAUUUAACUUAAUUCCUCUGAAAACCGGAUGUUGAGACGUUUCUGCUACAUUAGUGGCUCAAUUCAAUCAAACCUGCACUGCAGUACUUACGGUUAGGUUCAGAAAUAUUUGGACACGACACAAUUUUCAUAAUUUUGGCUCUAUACGCCACCCCGAUGGACUUGAAAUGAAACAA